CCUUCCUUUUUUUACCCAUUUCGCCCAACCUUAAUUGACGGAACUCAUCGCGUCGCGACUACGCCGGCUCGGGUCCUCGACUAGCAAAUCGGGAUCCUUCGAAGUGAACGAGCGAUCAGGGGUUUCCGCAUCCUUUUUGCUGCAUUAGUUAGCGAUGAAAUCGGCAUAGCAGGGAUUGAUUUGGAUCUCGUUGGAUAAGGAUUCAGCUGCGCAAUUGAUGGAAAUGGAGGCAGGCUGUACGUCAGCGUCCUCCGGAGGAACGCAAGUGCACCACCACCCUCCACUGCAGUCCAGAGCAUUUUAUAAAUUCACCCAGCAAAAUCUUCCAGCUUGUAGGCCACAACUAACGCCAGCUUGGGUUAUUGCAAUAUUUCUGGUUACUGGUGUUUUAUUCAUACCAACUGGCCUAGUGUGUCUUCGUGCUUCAGAAAGCGUUGUGGAAAUUGUAGAGCGGUAUGAUGUAGAAUGUGUUCCUGAGACUUAUAGAAGCAACAAAGUAGCUUAUAUCAAGAACAGUUUGAUUACGAAGAAGUGUGAUCGUCUAAUAAAGGUUCAGAAGCAUAUGAAAGCACCGAUAUAUGUUUAUUAUGAACUUGAUAACUAUUAUCAGAAUCAUCGACGGUACGUAAAAAGUAGAUGUGAUAAGCAGCUUCUGCAUGGAUUGGAAUACAAGCACACUAGUUCAUGCAAACCGGAAGAGUAUAAUGGCGGUCUCCCAAUUGUUCCUUGUGGUUUAGUCGCCUGGAGUUUGUUCAAUGAUUCUUACACCUUUGUGCGUGAGACUGUAGAGAUGAAAGUUAACAGGAAAAACAUAGCAUGGGUCAGUGAUCAACAGCACAAGUUUGGGAGAAAUGUAUAUCCUUUCAAUUUUCAGAAUGGAAGCUUAAUUGGAGGAGGCAAUCUUGAUCCAGAUGUUCCACUUAGCGAGCAAGAGGAUCUCAUAGUUUGGAUGCGCACAGCUGCUCUUCCCAAGUUCAGGAAGCUUUAUGGCGUUAUCGAAGAGGAUCUCGUAGCAGAUGACAGUCUCGAAGUACACAUUCUUAAUAACUACAACACUUACAGUUUUGGGGGUAAGAAGAAGCUGAUCCUUACAACCCAAAAUUGGCUAGGAGGCAAAAACAGUUUCCUCGGGAUAGCCUGUAUGGUGACUGGAAUCAUCUGUGUUUUCCUGGCAAUUGCGUUUGCACUGCUUCAUGUGAAAUUCCCAAGGCCUCAAGGCGAUCCUACUCUCUUGUACUGGAACAUGAAAAAUAACAUUAGUUAAUUCACAUGGAGACCAACUAGAGAAAUUACUUUGUGCCCCUUGAGAUUGAAGCUCAUGUUUGAAGGUCUCGACAGGGAUGAACUGUGCAGCACAUUAUGCAUCACGUUCCCAUCAAAUUUUGGAGCUCGGGUGCAAUGGCAGCUCAUUGAAGAUUUGUUUCGGAGUGCGCUGGAAAACUUGGCGUCACAUUGCGGGAGUGUUUGUUCAUCUUGAUUAACAAGGUAUAUUUCCCACUCAAUUAAUUAUUCAUCGAAAAUAUACGUUUAAAAAUUUAAUUCUUAUUCCAUUAGAUUUAAGAUUUAGAUGAAUAAAUUAAAAAAGGUCAGCAGAUAGAUUGGAUUAUCUAUCUUUGCAUCGACCAACAGGGCUCCGAAACGUGCCCCGAGGGCAUCCAGUAACUGCUGGAAACGUGGCGAUCGUGGGGGCGGUCCACGUAUAUAUAUACGGCAAAAAGACCGAAAUAGCCUCCCUCUUAAAUAACCCAUCGUCAGUCAAUUGAUGAGCUUAUCCUUAAAUUUAACUAUUAACACCUAAUCCUUGCCCACACUUUAAUAUUCUGACACAUGGCGCGCUGUGCCAAGCUCUGGACACGUUAAUAUAUUUACUCAAAUUAUCCUGGAAGAUUCUGUUUUCACAGCCACGGCUUAUAAUCUAAAUUAUUCUAAUGAUGCAAGCAAUACAAGGACAAAUAUUACUUGUACUUGAUCACGAUAAUAAAAAAUGGCACACACAAAUUUGCGUAGAUGAGAAAAUUGUAAUCGACUGUUUGUUUGUUUGUUUGUUUUUCAUGGGACAAAUGGCAAUCCCUGCGUCAACUAACCCUGCGUGCCCCAUUUGAGCAGCAGCCGUUUGGCGCAGUUCGGACACAGAGGGGCAAGGGCCAUGCAAAAGUCCAACCAAAUGCUGCCGCCUGCUGCCUGCUGCAGCAGCAGGAGGUUUGUAAAUUGCCACAGGCAAUGAAUCAUGAUGAAGGAGAAGGAGAAGGAGAAGGGAUGCAUUGCAGCGUCGAUCGAAUGAAUUAAAUCAUAUUUUAAAGAUGUAGUGUACAUCAUAAAAAUAUCAUAGCCGUCCAAUCGGUACUGCGACAUAGGGACACAAUAAUUUCGGGACAGAGGAUCUCAUCUCUUGCAUCCCCAUCUGUCCCUAUUUCUCCUAUUUCCUUCCUUCCUUCCUUCCUUGCAGUUAGUUGCAGUGCAAUUUGGGAGCUAAAGAGAAGGAGAAGGAAGGGAUGCAUGUAGGGUCCCUCCUCCUCCUCCACUGUCUCUGAGUGGCUUCGUCCGCUGUGUAUCUCAUCUCACUUAUGCCUUCCACCUCCACAAAACUUGCUUUUAGUGAGCAACAUGGCAGCAUCAUGCAUUUGCCCUUUUGGUUAGAAAAAAAAAGAGGAUGCUAAAAGGAGGGUUCGGACUAGGGCCUGCAAACGCAAACGAAUCGACUCUGUUUUGUGGACAAUAUUUGAUUCGUAUUUGAAAUUAUCAAUUUUGAGUACAUGUUUAAUGUAUAUAUAUAUAUUUUUUAAAUUCAAACUCAAAUAUCAAUAUUUUCAUAUUAUUCAA